GUUAUGCGCGGUGUCCGUCAGCUGACAGAUGUUUGGCUCCUCGGUUCGGUUCGUGCGGCAGUGAAAUAAAAACAGCUGCACGGUUAGAGCAGAGCAGCGCCAUGAGCACCGGCGGAACCCCGCGAUCACUGCCCUCCUCCGGGCAGAAGUCCAUCCAGGAGAUCUGCCACCCGCUGUCCGCCGAGGAGAGCGCGCGGAGCCGCAGCCCAGAUGUGCUGAACCCCGGAGACAAGGACCUGAGUCUGCCCAAUGGGACUCCAGUAGACACAUCAAGCCCUGCCUCCUCUUCAUCGCUACUAAACCGACUGCAGCUGGACGAUGAUUUGGAUGGAGAAACACGAGACCUGUUUGUGACUGUAGAUGACCCUAAAAAACACGUGUCUACAAUGGAGACGUACAUCACCUACAGAGUCUGCACAAAGGUCAGAGACUUCUAA